GCGCUGAAGUCCUGUUUGUGAUCAUAUAAAUACAUGUACAAGAUUGGGGUAUUAUCAGUGUAACGAUAAGGGCACAGUUGCUCGGUUGUUGGAUGGAUGAUCAUGGCACACAGUGUGGGCAGGUUGUGUUUUCAUAACAAGACUGUUCUUGCCCCUAUGGUGCGUGUGGGUACUCUGCCCAUGAGACUGCUGGCACUGGACUAUGGAGCUGAUAUUGUGUACUGUGAGGAGCUGAUCGACAUCAAAAUGGCUCAGUGUGAAAGAGUGGUGAAUGAUGUUUUGGAGACGGUUGAUUUCAUCGCACCUGAUGAGCGAGUGAUGUUUCGCACCUGCAGUAAAGAGAGAGAGCACGUGGUCUUUCAAAUGGGAACGGCAGAUCCAGAAAGAGCUCUCGUUGUGGCUAAACUUGUGGAGAAUGACGUGGCGGCUGUAGAUGUCAAUAUGGGCUGUCCAAAAGAAUACUCCACAAAGGGAGGAAUGGGUUCUGCGCUUCUCUCUGACCCUGAGAAAAUUGAAUUUAUUCUGAACACUCUUGUGAAUGGCAUUUCCAAACCCGUAACAUGUAAAAUCAGAAUCCUUCCUACACUGGAGGACACACUGAAUUUAGUGAAGAGAAUUGAAAAAACUGGAGUGGCAGCCAUAGCAGUGCAUGGAAGAAUGAAGGAGGAGAGACCACGUCACCCGCUCCACUGUGAUUAUAUUCAGGCUGUAGCUCAAAGUGUGUCCAUCCCCGUCAUUGCCAACGGUGGCUCUGUGGAUUUAGUGAAGACAUUUGACGACAUAGAAAACUUUCGGGUCACCACAGGAGCAUCAUCUGUCAUGCUCGCUCGGGCUGCCAUGUGGAACCCUUCGAUCUUCCGCCAGCAGGGGGCGCUGUCUACAGACAAGGUUAUGGAGGAAUACAUCAAAUACGCGGUUCGCUACGACAACAACCCAUUUAACACCAAAUACUGCCUGUGCCAGAUGCUCAGAGACAGAGUCGAGUCUCCAUUCGGGAAAGAGUUGCAUGCAGCUCAGACCAACGCAGAAAUCUGUGAUGUCUAUGGCAUGACUGACUUCUACAAUAAGACCAAAGCUGAACUGGAGGCUAGAAAGUCUGUGCAACAGGCCAACAGUGAUCAAUCAGAGAACCCAACACUAGAACACGAUGUCAUCACAAUGCCCGUUCGCUUUGAAAGGCGGGAUUAUCCACCUCAGAUCACUCCAAAGAUGUAUUUGCUGGAAUGGUGCCGAAAGGAAAAGCUUGAUCAACCUGCGUAUGAGACUGAACAGCGAACUCAAGAUCGAGCUUUUCAGUCAACGGUUAUUGUAGCCGAUAAGAAGUACCGAUCUUCCCUAUGGGAAAAGUCGAAGAAAUUUGCAGAGCAAGCUGCAGCUAUAGUAUGUUUACGCACACUUGGACUUCCCGAGGGUCGAAUCGGAGAGGAGAACAGUGGACUGGUGAACAAGCGCAAGAGGGAGGACAAAAGAUGUGCAACAUUGGACUACAAUGAGUCAGCAGCACCAAAGAGACAUAUAACUGAAGUGCCACAGGAAGAGAAAGAGGAAGUGAUAUGCAGGACGAAAGUUGUGAAUGGCGUCUGUGGUCAGACCACACAUUAACCUCGGCCAGACAUUCACUAUCAGAACUCAAUACAAAGAGAUUUCAUUGCUUUUCAUUUCAAUACAAAGGGGGUAUUGUUUGACAGAUAAUAGUACACUUUGUAUUUGGUUUUAAGUUUGCUCUUAUGUGACCUUUUCAGGUGCCAUUGCUCUCAUUGCACUUGAAUAUUGUCUUUUUGCAUGCCAGUAUUUUGUGUGGAAGCAAGGAAUACUGUUAUAUAUAUAUAUAAAUAAUAUAAAGUUCACCCUCUAAAUUUAAUCAUGUUCUAACAGUGACCAGAAGGGGACAGUGCAGCUCCAGUUACUUUUACUACAGAACUCAAGGAAAUCAAAACCAAUAUCACAAUGUCAUUAGUUUUAUUAAUUUUAAGUAUUCUUAAUUUUUAUUUUUCUGCAUCAUUAUGGAAUGGGCGAUGGCUGCUUGACAUUAAUUGCCCAUCCUUUUUUUAAUAAAACAUUUAAUGUACCUACACUACCGGUCAAAAUUUUGAAACACUUGACUGAAAUGUUUCCCAUGAUCUUAAAAAUCUUUUGAUCUGAAAGCGUAUGCUUAAAUGUUUGAAAUUAGUUUUGUAGACAAAAAUAUAAUUGUGCCACCAUAUUAAUUUAUUUCAUUAAAAAACUCAAAUGUAAUUUAAAAAAAAAGAAGUUUUUGAAAUUGAUGACUUGGACCAAAUAAUAAAGAAAAGCAGUCAAUAAGUGCCCAACAUAGAUGGGAACUCCUUCAAUACUGUUUAAAAAGCAUCCCAGGGUGAUACCUCAAGAAGUUGGUUGAGAAAAUGUCAAGAGUACAUGUCUGCAAAUUCUAGGCAAAGGGUGACUACUUUGAAGAUGCUAAAAUAUAACACAGUUUUGAUUUAUUUUGGAUUUUGUUUAGUCAACAUAAUUCCCAUAGUUCCAUUUCUGUUAUUCCAUAAUUUUGAUGACUUUACUAUUAUUCUAA